GUCGCUCCAGUUCCUACGGAAUAAAUAUUGGCUUUCCAUAGAAGGGAAUGGGAUUCCUGUCUGCACGCACUGGAGAGUGAUCAGGAGGACAAGAGAAACCUGCUCACAUGGAGGGGACACCAGGCCUCCUGGCCAUAUUCACCAUAGCAGCAUGUUUUUUGGUCAGUGGAGCACAAAGAACAGUCUGCACAGAGGAGGCGGUGGCUGACAUCGUCUUCCUGGUGGACGGCUCAUGGAGCAUCGGUACAGAGAACUUCCAGUGGAUUCGACAGUUCCUGUUCACUCUGGUCAACAGCUUCGAUGUGUCCCCUGACCUGGUGCGCAUUGGCCUGGUCCAGUACAGCACAACGCCACGCACAGAGUUCCUCUUCAACACCUUCCAGGACAAAAAAGACAUCCUGGACUACAUCAACAACCUGCCUUACAAGGGGGGCGGCACCAUGACAGGCGAGGGCCUGGACUUUCUGCUGAAAGAGCUCUUUGUCGACCAAGCAGGGAGCCGGAUCAAGAACAACGUACCACAAAUCGCUGUGGUGAUCACCGACGGCCAAUCACAAGACAACGUAGCGCCGCAUGCCCUUGAGCUCCAGAGGCGGGGCAUCACGCUGUAUGCCAUUGGCAUCAAGGACGCAGAUGAGGAGCAGUUAAAAGAGAUCGCCACUAAACCUCACAACCAGCAUGUGUACAGCGUAUCUGACUUUGCAGCGCUGCAGGGCAUCUCCCAGAGCAUUGUCCAAGUUCUGUGUACCACCGUAGAGGAGGCGAAGAGACAGGUCUCUCAAGUGGGCCAAGACUGCAGCACAGCCACAGUGGCUGACAUUGUGUUCCUAGUGGAUGGCUCUGGCAGCAUCGGCCCGACAGAUUUCCAGGAGGUUCGGAUGUUUCUCCACAACUUCAUUGAGGGCCUGGAUAUCGGUUCUGAUAAGGUUCGCGUUGGACUGGCCCAGUUUAGUGACCAGCCUAAGUUGGAAUUCCUGUUGGCGGAUAAUACAGAAAAAAGUUCCUUACUGGAGAAAGUGGAUCAGCUUGAACAGCUGAAAGGAGGCACAGCCACUGGCACAGCUAUUAGAUUCCUUCAGAGAGAGUUUUUCAACCCGGCUGCAGGAAGCCGUUCUGGUCAGAGGGUGCCCCAGAUUGCUGUGGUACUCACUGAUGGGGAUUCUGUGGACGAUGUAGUGGAGCCAGCCAAGGAACUAAGGCAGCAUGGGGUCAUUGUCUAUGCUAUUGGAGUGGGGAAUAUUAACAAAACCCAAUUGCAAACUAUUGCUAACAGGCCCAGUAAGCAUUUCCUACAUACCAUCAAUAAUUUCCAGGCACUACAGGCAAUUUCUCAGGGUCUGCUAAAGACAGUGUGUGUCUCCAUGGUGAACCAGAGGAUGGCUCUUGGUCAAAAGUUUGCCGACAUCAUCUUCCUGGUGGACAGCAACAUGAGACCGAUAGAAUUCCAGCAGGUCCGAAUCCUUCUGCAGCGAUUGGUCAACCAACUGAACCCGAGCCGAGACACCCAUCGCCUUGGGCUGGCCCAGUUUUCCCAGGACACCGAAGUAGAGUUCCUGCUGAACGCCCUCACCACCAAGAACGACUAUGUGGCGGCUCUCAAGAAAUUCAAGCUGCGACCCAGCGGGGAUCGUCACCUGGGAGAUGCCCUGACACAUGCCCAUGGAGAGUUCUUCUCCACUUCGUCUGGUGGUCGUGCUGAAAAAGGCUACCGGCAGUUUCUGGUCACAGUGACAGGAGGGGAUUCAGUUGAUAGCUUCCAGAGAGUGGCACGUAAAAUCAGACAUGAUGGGGUGACCAUUGUUUCCAUCGGGCUGGGUACAUCUACUCUUCCAAAGCUGCAGGCGUUGGCUACCAAGUCAUACGUAUACCAGAAUACAGCCAUUGCACCAGCACUGAAGGUUCUCUUUGAUAGUGAAGAGAAGGCCAAUGUGACUGAGGUUUGCAGUGAUGCUUCAGUGGCAGACAUUGUGUUCAUAGUUGAUGAAUCUGGUAGCAUUGGAAACGAAAACUUCCAGCUGGUUCGUGGGUUCAUCCACAAGAUCGUGGAGGGGCUGAAUGUGGGCUUGAACAGUGUGAGGGUGGGCAUUGUCCUCUACAGCAAUAAGGCUUCAGCUGAGGUUUUCCUAAACGACUUCCUAGAAAAAAGUAACAUUCUUUCGUACAUCAAGUUACUGCCCUAUCGUGGUGGUGGCACAAACACUGGCGAGGCCCUAGACUUUGCCAGAAAGAACAUGUAUAAUAAGAACCAGGGAAGCCGGAAACAAGAGGGUGUGCAGCAGGUGGCGAUAGUCAUUACUGAUGGAGAAUCGCAGGACAACGUUACUUCUCGUGCCGCUGCCCUGCGCAGAUCUGGUGUCACUGUUUAUGCAGUGGGGAUCAAGGAUGCUGAUGAGAAAGAGUUGACACAGAUCGCUUCAUAUCCCGCCACAAAGCAUGUAUUGAAAGUGGACAACUUUGCCGACCUCAAGACCCUGGAAAUGAGGCUGAAGAAGAGUUUGUGCUACAACAUCCUACAAAGUUCUGUCAAAUCGAUGGCUAGAACAUUCACUGCAACGAAAAGUUGUGUAGAGACCGAUGAAGCUGAACUCUUCUUCCUGAUUGACCAUUCAGGCAGUAUUGAAUAUCGAGACUUUGAUGAGAUGAAGAAUUUUAUUAAUGAAUUUGUACGCACGUUCCGCAUCGGGCCGCAGCAUGUCCGUGUGGGUCUGGUAAAGUUCAGUGAUUCACCAACUCUUGAGUUUGACUUGACAGCCUAUCCUGACCACGCUUCAGUGGUAAAGGCUGUGAAUGGUGUUACUCAAAUUGGAGGUGGGACACUGAUUGGAGAAGCUCUGAAAUAUAUGGGCCCCCGUUUCCUUAAUGCAGAGGCCACCCGUGGUCACAAGGUCCGUGAGUUCCUCAUUCUAAUAACAGAUGGGAAAUCUCAAGACCAAGUGCGGAAUCAAGCAAAAAUGCUGAGAGAUCAGAACGUCAUUAUAUAUGCCAUCGGAGUGAAAGAUGCUGAUGAUCAACAGCUGCUGGAGAUUGCUGGUAGCAAAGAGAAAAUGUUCACUGUCAACAACUUUGACGCUCUGAAAUCAAUCAAGAAUGAAAUCAUCACUGAUAUCUGCUCUGAAGAUAUUUGCAAGGACAUGAAGGGGGAUGUCCUCUUCUUGAUCGACAGCUCAGGGAGUAUUAGCAACGAAGACUUUAAUAAGAUGAAGUUGUUCAUGCAGUCCAUCAUCAAUAAGUCAGCCAUUGGCCUGAAUGAAGUGCAAGUGGGUGUCAUACAGUUUAGCGACGUUCCACAGCUGAUCUUCCCUUUAAACGAGCAUGAGAGGAAAGCAGACAUGGUGCAACAUGUAGAAACAAUGGAACAGUUGGGAGGGGGAACACUCACUGGCAAAGCCUUGUCCUUCACCUCAGAGUACUUUGACCCGCAUAGAGGAGGACGGACUGACGUAAAACAGUUGCUGAUUGUCGUAACUGAUGGUGAGGCACAAGAUCAGGUAUUGGCUCCUGCCAGAGAACUUCAACGCAAGGGUGUGAAUGUCUAUGCCAUUGGAGUGGGCAAUGCCAAAUAUCAAGACUUGGUAGAGAUCAGUGGUAAUAGGGAGAGGGUCUUCUCCGAGGUGGACUUUGAUGCACUCAAGGCUUUGGAAAGCCAGUUGGUUUUGGCAGUUUGUGAUGUUGACAAAGACUGUGUGAGGACAGAGGUUGCAGACAUUAUUUUCUUGGUGGAUGGCUCAACCAGCAUCUCCACAGAGAAUUUUAAAAUCAUGCAAAACUUCAUGAUGGCCCUGGUCAAUGAAACCACUGUUGGGGAAAAGCAGACUCGCUUUGGCCUGAUUGUCUUCUCCAACACGCCUAAAUCUGUAUUUACACUCAGUCAGUAUAAAUCUAGGAGAGAAGUAAAUACUGCCAUAUCCGAACUUGUAGCGCCCACUGGAGACACCUACACUGGGGAGGCUCUCAAGUAUUCCUUGGAUUAUUUUGGUAAAAACUAUGGUGGGCGAAAAGCCCUCAGAGUGCCCCAGUGGCUCAUGGUGAUCACAGAUGGCGAAGCUACUGAUCCGGAAAACCUAAGACAGCCAGCCGAAAAGCUACGGGAAGACGGAAUAUUAGUUUUCAGCGUUGGAGUGGUAGGAGCAAACAAAGAAGAGCUUGAGAUCAUGGCAGGGGACCCAGCAAGGGUUUUCUUUGUAAAUACAUUUCAUGAACUGGAAACACUGCACAAAAAUAUUUCCUUUGAAUUCUGCAGCCACACUAAACCAGUCUGUAACCAAAAACACGGGGAUUUGGUCCUGUUGAUCGACAGCUCAGAGAACAUCAGCCCUACUGACUUUAUUGUCCUGAAGCAGUUUGCCUCAGACCUUGUUUCCAGCUUCACAGUUGCAGAGCAGUCCUUCCGAGUCGGAGUGGCCCAGUUCAGCAGUGAUACCGAAGCAGAGUUCUACUUGAAUCAGUAUUACACAGAGGAAGAGAUCGUCAAACACAUAAAGAAUAUGAGGCAACUUGGUCGGGAGACACACAUGGGACAGGGCCUGGACUAUGUCCGUUAUGAGUUCUUCCGAACAGAUAGAGGGAGUCGUAUCAAUGACAAGGUCCCCCAGAACUUGGUUUUAAUAACAACCGGACCUCCAAAUGGAGUUGACUUGCAUGCAGCAGGAGAGCUCCUUGACAUGAAAGUUGCUGUGUAUGCUAUCGGAAUAGGAAAAGGUGACAACCCUAUUAAGCUCCGGCAAAUCACUCGUCAUGAAGGAAGGGACUUCUCUGUGCUUAACUUUGCCAGCCUGGAAGCUAACAGAAGGAAAGUGGUCGAUGCCAUAUGCUCUAGUUCUAUAAUACUUGCGCCACAAAGCUGCACCAUAGACAUCGCCAUGGGUUUCGAUAUUACUCACAGGACCACUAGCAGAAGGCUCUUCGAUGGUCAAGCCCAGUUGCAGGCCUUCCUGCCACAGAUUAUCCGCCAUGUGUCCAGUCUUAAGGGCCUGUGCUGCGUCGCCGACAGUGGACCCAUUGAAACUAAUAUUGGCUUCCGCGUGGUGGAGCAGGAUGGAACAGUUGUCUCUGACUACAAUUUUGAGAAGUAUGAUGAAAAGAUUUUGGAGAAGGUUAUGGCGCUUGAGACCGCCCAGAAGACCUACUUUAACUCCUUCCUCCUGCGCUCCUUCCGUGAAAAGUUCCAGAGGUCAAAUGCUGGAGUGAAGGUGCUGGUAAUCUUCUCAGACGGACUUGAUGAUGAUGUGAUGAAACUAAAGCUAGAAGCAGAACAUCUUCGUACUAGUGGAAAAGGUGUCAAUGCCCUGUUUACAGUCGCCUUAGAAGGGGUCCAAAAUGCCAACCUUCUUCAAAUGGUGGAGUUUGGAAGAGGAUUCGGAUACAAACAGCAGCUCAACAUCGGCAUGCAUGAUGUGAACAACUACAUUUUGACACAAAUAGACACAGUGGCUGAGAGGGAGUGCUGCAAUGUAAUGUGUAAGUGCACAGGACAUGAGGGUAUCCGUGGCCCCAGAGGGCCCCCAGGCACAAAGGGACAGCCUGGACUAAAAGGACACCCUGGAUUCCCAGGCGAGGAGGGAGGAAUUGGUGAAAGAGGUCCACUAGGUCCCACUGGUCCACAGGGACUACAGGGAUGUCCUGGGAUGAGAGGAGUCAAGGGUUCAAGAGGCUACAGAGGGAACAGGGGUGAUGAUGGAGACCACGGUCUUGAUGGGAUAAAUGGGGAACAGGGUGUGAAUGGAUCAGCUGGUGUUUCAGGAGAGAGAGGAAACCCAGGCCGUCCGGGCAACAGUGGAAUCAGAGGGGAGCCUGGAGAGAAGGGCCAACGUGGACUUAGAGGUGACCCUGGUGACUCUGGAGUUGACAGCAACAUUGCAGGUCCGAAAGGAGCAAGAGGAAAUCCUGGGUUACCAGGAGACCCAGGAGAGGAGGGCAUUCAAGCAGAAAGUGGUGUCGAUGGAAACCCAGGUCCUGAAGGAAGAAGAGGUCCACCUGGUCCAAGGGGAACUUCAGGAAAUCCAGGUGAACUAGGACUCCCAGGAAUUCCUGGCCCUUCUGGACAGCAGGGUUCAAGAGGAGAUCCUGGCCCGCCAGGACCCAGGGGCACCCAGGGAUUACCUGGACCACAAGGCACACCUGGGACAAUGGGAGGCAAAGGAUCCACAGGAAGCAGAGGGAUGAAUGGACAGAAGGGCCAGCCUGGGGACCCUGGAGGAAAGGGAGCUCCUGGACCACUUGGGCCCAGAGGGAUGCCAGGACUUGAUGGCAGAGACGGACAUGGACCUCCCGGACAUCACGGGAUGAAGGGAGAGCCUGGUUUCCCUGGCUACCCUGGAUUACAGGGUGAGUCUGGUGAAAAGGGAGUCAAAGGAGGUCCAGGCCCCAAAGGAAACCAGGGAAGAGGGGGAAACUCAGGCACAACAGGUGAUCCAGGAGUUCCCGGAACCACAGGUCCACCAGGACAUACGGGCCCUAGAGGGAGACCUGGAGAGAGACCCAUGUCUGAAUGCCAGCUGACCACUUACAUCCGUGAUAACUGUGCAUGCUCCCAAGGUCGGGCAUUGUGUCCAGCCUACCCCACAGAGCUAGUCUUUGCCCUAGACAUGUCACAGAGUGUGGAGCCAGCCAGGUUUCAGGCAAUGCGCUCCUCGCUCCUCUCCUUAUUGGAACACGUUACCAUAGCCGAGAGCAACUGCCCAACAGGUGCACGUGUGGCAGUUGUGUCUUACAGUGACAAGGUCAAGUACUUGAUCCGAUUCCAGGAUUACCAACGCAAGAAGGAGUUGUUGGAGGCCAUUCGUGGCAUAGCGCUGGAGAGAACAUCUAACCGCCGCUACCUUGGGGCAGCCAUGCGUUAUGUGGGGCGGCACGUCUUCAAGCGAACCCGCCAAGCGCUGACGAUGAGGAAGGUGGCAGUGUUCUUCACCAACGGGCCCUCUGAGGACAACUCUGCUAUAGUUACGGCUGCCAUGGAAUUCAAAGCCCUGAACAUUGCCCCUGCUAUCAUAGCCACAAAGAGCGCCGUUGAUGCUCAACAGGCUUUUGAGGCUGAUGACACGGGCAGCUUUAUCUAUGUUCUGAUGAAUAGGCCACAAGAAAACCCAAAACUGCUAGAUAAAAUCAACCAUUGCGUGAUCUGCUAUGACCACUGUAGACCAGACAGCCAAUGUAGAUUUACUGACGCUCAGCUGCCACAGGAAGUGGACAUGGACCUGGCCCUGGUGAUGGACGGUUCCAGGGAGAUCCAGGCUGACCAGUACGCAGGUUUCCAGGAGCUUCUUGGCUCUGUUGUGAAGCAGGUAGCCUUGAGCCCCAGGCCCAAUGCAGCUGACGGCCAGGCCAGAGUAGCCCUCCUCCAGACCGGUGGCUCUCACCUCCAGGUGGAGUUUGACCUGCAGAAGCACAGUGACCACAAUAAACUGGAGAUAGACCUGAAGAACAUGCGGCAGCAUGGAGGAGUGUUGUUUCUUGGGCGGACCCUGGAGUAUCUGGUCAAUGAGGUGUUACUCAAGGCUCAGAGGCCCAGGAAGAGUAGGGUGGUGCUGGCUGUGGUUGGCGCCGAGACGGCCCACUCGGACCGGGCCAAGCUGGCCUACAUUUCCCAGAAGGCCAAGUGUGAGGGCAUUUCACUGUUUGUGAUCACAGUGGGUGACCAUUUCAACAGCACCCAGGUGGAGGAGAUUGCCAGCAUGCCGUCAGAGCAACACCUGCUUCAUCUGUGGCAUGUGAAGGAGUGGGAGAUAGGCUAUGCACAGCGCUUCUUCAGAUUCUUCCUCAGUGUCCUCAGAAAGGGAUUUAACAGCUACCCUCCAGCACAGCUAAAACACACAUGUGAUCUGUUGGCGGGACAAGAACAUGGACAUCACCAUGGAGGGGGACAGAUAAUGACGGAGGUGGAAACAAAGGAAGUAGAGGAGUACCCAGACUACACGGAGGUGGAUAAGGAGGAGGAAGAGGAGUUCCUUGAGCACACUGCAGGUGGAUCUCAGACUCUGACUGAUCUUGGCCAGGUUGACAUUAUAUAUGACUUAUCCAGGGGAGAUGGAGACACUGUGACCUCUCGACCAAACUCAAAUGAUCACACAGCACUUGUGGAGAUAGAGGAAACCCCAGUUGAUAACCAGGAUGCAUGCUUCCUCAGACAGGAUGAGGGAGGUUGUCAAAACUACACUCUGAAGUGGUACUUUGACACGACACAAAGCGAGUGCUCCCGUUUCUGGUACGGUGGCUGUGGCGGCAACGGCAACCGCUUUGAGACACAGGAGGCUUGUGAAGGCCUCUGUCUGAGGAGGAAGCGUUAAUACUACCAACAAACCUUCUAAAACCCUGAAUAAAGUUGAACCGACGAUCACACCAAGACAUCCGCCAAUCCAGUCUCGCUUCAGGUGGGACCAGCUUAAAACAACACAAUGUAAAUAACUUUAGGCAUUUUCCUCAGCCUUUAGUGUUUUUUCUUUUGGGAAAAUGGGUCUAAAGAAAUACAGUAUUUUGAGAAGUAUGAAUAUUCUUCUGUUCAAGCAGACCUAAGUAACAGAUCUGACUCUCAUGCAGUCAUGUAGUUAGCUGGCAGUAAACACUCAUCUGGGCAUUGAUGCUUUUGUGAGUAUAAUCGAACAGCAAUCUGUAUUGCCUUUUGGUGCUAUUUUCAGUCCAUAGAUGUCAACAGCUACUAAACCAAGCACAACUCAGGUCAUGGAAGAUUUUUUUAAUAAGCCCACUAGGUAAA